UUAAGAGUCAUUCUUCCCUUCUUUGGCCUCUUCCAUCCCCAUAGUAACAAGAGGAGGACUGGUUGAUAACAUAUCCUCCCAUAGCUUCAAGUUAAUGAUUCUUGAUAUGAAAAUGGAGAACAGUUCUAAGCAUCAAACAUCCUGUUUUUGUUGUACAAGCAGCACAUACUUGGAGAGUUCAUAUGUCCUGAUGCCUUCUCAGUACCAGUGCUUCCAUACGUCACUCAUAACAGUGAGCUACAUCAAAACAGCACUUUAUACACAGCACUGUUCAGCUCCUGUGGCAGAUCAUAAAACACUAACCUCCUCUGCCUUGUCAAGUCAGACAGAAUUGGCAUAUGACAGUAAUGCUGUGUACAUUUUUGUCACUUAAAGCGCCUGCAGCCUUCACUAGCCCUCAAAAUACUAAAUAUUGUUUAAAGUCAUAUGAUUGUUUAAAGAAUAGAAAUUGUAUAAGAUUUUUUUUUUCUUGUCUCUAAGGCCCAGACAGAAUCAUUCGGCAUUAUUUUUUCUUUUGUUUUGGUGGUAGGUGAUGAUUACAGAUCAACUACUGAUUUUAACAACUUUAGAAAAUAUAUAACGAAUGAGUGAAGAAUACUGUUAAAUUAAGUGCCAAUUAAUGCUAAGAUCAUUGCAAGGAAUUCAGUCAUCAGCAUGUUUGCAUGCUGCCCUGUACCGUUUUGAUGUUUUAGGGCAGAAGACAACUGCUAGCUUUUCUUGGCCUUCUUCAAAGGUGUCAGUGAGCUGAAACAAGAAUGAAUGACAGUACAACUAAACAAUGUGGCAGCCCCUAGCAAAACACAAAUUGCCCUGUGUAAAUCAUCCCUUCCCUGUCAGAAAGCAGCGUCACCGGGGUUGCAGAAGGGUUUAGAGUUACAGUGGGAAUUUGCUGUGACUGUCCUGAUUGUGCUGCAGUCUGGAGAAUAGCAGCCUGAGGAGAAAGAAGGGGGAAAUCCAAUGCUGCUGGGGGCUCCUGCUGGAAAACUGCACCGCAUGCCCUCAGUCACGUUGCUUCAGAACUGGGACAGGGACAGCCAUCUCGCAGCCAGAUGCUGCCUGGUAGCAGCCAUCUUGCCAUGCCUCCUAUGGAAGCGGCCAUCUUGCGUGCCGUACACAUGGGGGCAGCCAUCUUGGGACCUCCUCCAGGUCACCUCAGGUUGGCGGCCAUUUUGGUAUAGGGUAGGGUAGAUGUAUACCUCCUCUUUCCUCCCUUAAGCAAAAUGGCGGCGCCGGCGCAUGCGCGAAAGCAGGGGGCCCAAGCUGCGGGCCCGUGAUCUACCCCGCGGGUUGUUGCGGUAGGGGGUGCAGGUGCCUCUGGGUGUACCGGGGCUCGCGGUCAUCAUGGGCGAGACUGAGAAGCUGUAUUAUGUGUAUAGCUGCGACCUGGAUAUGAACGUGCAACUGAAGAUGUGAGUGAGAGGGGUGGGGGCUUCAGCGCUGCCCUGCUCCGCUCGGGACGGCCGGGGGUGCGCGGGGCGGCCGCGGCGGUGUGCGGGAAGGAGCCCGGUCCCCGCCGGCUCGGAGGUGGCUGGGCCGCCCGCUGUGUGAGGUGGGCGUCACUGUGACGCCGCGCCUGGAGCUCCGCGGGGUCCCGGAGCAGCACCGCGACGUAGCCGGGCCGGGGCCUGCUGCAGGCUGCCGUGGGCGCUGACAUAUCCGUGGCCUUAUGUCCUGCAGUGCUGUAAGGCACGGGUUAAUUCAGUUCAGCCCUAACGUCCCUGGUGACCUUUCAGCCGCUGGUGGCACCGCUCUCUCCUUAGCGUUAAGGGAUGGAGAGAAGCUGAAGGCACUUCUUCCCACUAUGUGGGAAGCACAUACGUGCUGAGGCACGUAAAUGUGUUUUGGGGAAGGCCAGGCACUUUGUUCAGCCUCACAUUUGCACGCGCUGAUGCGUUUGCUGGUUCAUGUUUUUUAAAGCUUUUUCUUUUUUCCCUUCACAUCACAGCAGUGGGCAGUAUAAAUUCAUGUGGCACAGAUGUGACUUGUCCUAUAAUUUAUAGCUAAUGUAGCUACACUGAGAGGAAGUCUGGAAGGGAAAAGAGAACAGAAGAGUUACAAAGCUCUCUUGGAAGACCCAAUGCUGAAGUUCUCAGGACUGUAUCAAGAGACUUGCUCUGACUUGUAUGUAACUUGUCAGGUGUUUGCAGAAGGGAAGCCUCUUGCUCUUCCGGUUAGAACUUCCUACAAAGCUUUUAGCACUAGAUGGAACUGGAAUGAGUGGCUGAAACUGCCUGUGAAAUAUCCAGACCUGCCUCGCAAUGCUCAGGUGGCUCUAACCAUCUGGGAUGUGUAUGGACCUGGUAAAGCUGUUCCUGUGGGAGGAACAACAGUCUCGCUCUUUGGGAAAUAUGGUAUGUUCCGUCAAGGAAUGCAUGAUUUGAAAGUCUGGCCCAAUGUAGAAGCUGAUGGCUCGGAACCCACCAGAACUCCUGGGAGAACCAGCAGCACAGUCUCUGAAGAUCAAAUGAGCCGCUUGGCAAAGCUCACAAAGUCUCAUCGACAAGGUCACAUGGUGAAAGUGGACUGGCUGGACAGACUGACCUUUAGAGAAAUAGAAAUGAUCAAUGAGAGGGAAAAACGAAGUUCUAAUUUUAUGUACCUGAUGAUUGAAUUUCGUUGCGUCAAGAGUGAUGAUAAAGAAUAUGGAAUAGUUUACUACGAAAAGGAUGGUGAUGAGUCAUCCCCAGUUUUAACAAGUUCUGAAAUUGUUAAGAUUCCAGAUCCACAAAUGUCUAUGGAGAACUUAGUAGAAAGCAAACAUCACAAGCUUGCUCGAAGUUUAAGAAGUGGACCUUCUGAUCAUGACCUGAAGCCUAAUGCAGCUACUCGAGAUCAGCUUAAUAUCAUUGUGAGUUAUCCACCAACAAAACAGCUAACAUAUGAGGAACAGGAUCUAGUUUGGAAAUUCAGAUAUUACCUUACUAACCAGGAGAAGGCCUUGACAAAAUUCUUAAAAUGUGUUAACUGGGACCUACCACAAGAAGCAAAGCAAGCGCUGGAGCUACUAGGCAAGUGGAAACCAAUGGAUGUGGAGGACUCCUUAGAACUUCUGUCAUCUCAUUUCACAAAUCCAACAGUUCGACGAUAUGCUGUUGCUAGACUUCAGCAGGCUGAUGAUGAGGAUUUACUAAUGUACCUGCUGCAACUAGUCCAGGCAUUGAAAUAUGAAAACUUUGAUGACAUAAAAAAUGGACUGGAACCUAGCAAGAGGGAUAGUCAAGGUUCAAUGUCAGAAGGCAUGACAACAUCUGGAACUAAUGGUACAGAAAUAGACAGUUCCCAGAUCAUGACUCCUAUUCCAUCUGUCUCCUCACCACCUCUAACAUCAAAAACGAAGGAACCUGCAGACAAUGAGAACCUUGAUCAAGACCUUUGCACUUUCUUGAUAUCACGAGCAUGCAAAAAUUCUACAUUGGCUAACUACUUAUACUGGUAUGUAAUUGUGGAAUGUGAAGACCAAGACACUCAGCAGAGGGACCCAAAGACUCACGAAAUGUACCUAAAUGUGAUGAGAAGAUUUAGUCAAGCUUUGCUAAAGGGUGAUAAGUCUGUCAGGGUUAUGCGUUCAUUAUUGGCAGCUCAGCAGACAUUUGUGGAUCGGCUGGUUCAUGUAAUGAAAGCAGUGCAGCGUGAAAGUGGGAAUCGUAAGAAAAAGAAUGAGAGGCUUCAGGCAUUGCUAGCAGAUAAUGAAAAGAUGAAUUUAGCAGAUAUGGAACUUAUUCCUCUUCCUCUGGAACCUCAGGUGAAAAUUAAAGGAAUAAUCCCUGAAAAAGCCACACUCUUCAAGAGCGCUUUAAUGCCUGCUCAGUUAUUCUUCAAGACAGAAGAUGGAGGCAAAUACCCUGUAAUUUUUAAGCAUGGGGAUGAUUUACGUCAAGAUCAACUUAUUCUUCAGAUUAUUUCACUUAUGGAUAAGCUGCUAAGAAAAGAAAAUCUGGAUUUGAAACUGACGCCGUAUAAAGUGCUGGCAACUAGUACAAAACAUGGCUUCAUGCAGUUUAUUCAGUCAGUGCCAGUUGCAGAAGUUCUUGCUACUGAGGAAAGUAUACAGAAUUUCUUCAGAAAGCAUGCACCUAGUGAGACUGGACCUCAUGGAAUAAGUGCAGAGGUGAUGGAUACGUAUGUUAAGAGCUGUGCUGGUUAUUGUGUAAUUACUUACAUCCUUGGAGUUGGAGACAGACAUCUGGAUAAUCUUUUACUAACAAAAACAGGAAAACUAUUCCACAUUGACUUUGGUUAUAUUUUGGGUCGGGACCCUAAGCCUCUACCUCCUCCAAUGAAGCUGAAUAAGGAGAUGGUGGAAGGCAUGGGAGGCACACAGAGUGAACAGUACCAGGAGUUCCGUAAGCAGUGCUACACAGCCUUUCUCCAUCUCCGCAGGUACUCCAACUUGAUCUUGAACUUAUUUUCCCUCAUGGUAGAUGCCAACAUUCCAGAUAUUGCUCUUGAGCCUGACAAGACUGUAAAAAAGGUACAGGACAAGUUCCGUUUGGACCUUUCUGAUGAAGAAGCUGUCCAUUAUAUGCAGAGCCUAAUUGAUGAAAGCGUCCAUGCCCUCUUUGCAGCUGUGGUGGAACAAAUUCAUAAGUUUGCACAGUACUGGAGAAAAUAAGCCCUUUCCAGUGGGAGGAAUCAAGUCUUGGAAAAUAUUCAAGAAUAAACUUCUCAAGCCUUUAUGGAUUUCACCAAACAGUUUUGAAAGGCAGAAGUUAAAGACUUGGAAGCGUGGAGAACUGAGAGCUCAGAAGAAGCUUUUUGAGUCUUUGUUCUCUGAAGGUUUAAAAAUAACCUUUUUUUUUUUUUUAAAGAAUGUUAUUUAUACCAUCCAUCAUGCAUGGGUACUCUGGAAUUUCUUAUGAGCCUCAAAGGUUGAUGUACACAACUUCCUCCCAGUUCACCUGGAAGAUGCUGGAUUUGAUGGCAAUAUUUCCAUAUUUAAAAAUCAAAAUAGUUACUGUACUGAGAUGUGUAUGUACAAAGUGCAGCACUGAGGUAACUGUUCCUCACUGCAGAAAAACAUGGGAUCGUUAACCACUCCUCUCCUCCUACCAACUUUAUUCCAGCAGUAAGUUUUAAAUAUAAUUUGUAUGAUCCUUUCUUUCCGACCUUGGGAAACGUUAUCGUUUAGAAAGGACAAUCAUUUCUUCCCUGCUUACAAAAAUGUUUUUAUCUGCUGAUAAGUUAGCCAGCUGUAGGCAGUCAAUUAAAUGAUCGCUAACCAGCUCAGCAACCGUAAUGCACAGUGAGCAGUUCAGUAUUUCACACUUUAACUCUGAAUGUUUUCUGUACAGUGAUUAUAUAUUCUUGACUCUAAUAAACUCUUUGUUAUUACA